AUGAAGAGCUCCCUGCUUGGCCAAGGCUCUGGACCUGCUCAGUGGCCCAACACCAGCAGGACAGUGGAGGCUGUGCCACAAACACCCUGGUGGCAAGACGGUGCUUGGAAACCGGGUCAACAGGUGGGCUACAUUCCUGGGGGACUACAGGAGAAUCAGAACCAUGGUGCUGGUCAGCCCAAACCUGAAUACCCACACAAGGUUGCAACUGUUCCAGGCCUUGACACAGUGGUACAACAAACAGAUAUCCUCCAUGUAGAGAGUGACUCUGCACCAGACCAGAGGGAGGAGUCAGGCCCCUCCCACCCUGCAGUCAGGAGCACAGCUGCCAGCCCCAUCAACCAGCAGCACCUACCAGCUUCCAGAGGGAGGAGUCAGGCCCCUCCUACCCUGCAGUCAGGAGCACCGCUGACAGACCCAUCAACCAGCAGCACCUACCAGCUUCCAGAGGACAGAACGGGGCAGGCGACACAGCGUGGCAGAGCAGCCACUGCCMCCUCUACCGUCACCCAGUCUGCCUACCACCUCCCUCCCUAUUUCUCCAGUCUCCCAAGACCUACCCUCGACCUGCACUCCUCUACCUCCCUCCUGCUGGUGGACCCAAGGUCUCCAGGACCACCGAAUGGAGGAGGAAGAGGUUGUAGUCUGGGAAUAAAGUCAGGGCUCACAAGCCGUACGAAGGAGACAACUGCUCUAAAUGUGGCAAACACAAAACUUGUGAAUUUGGACACAGUGUGUAUGGAACUGUGAGAUUCUGUGCUGCUAACUCUGGUGGUCAAACGGUGGAGGAGUGGCUGGCAGCAUGGUGUUAGCCAGGCCCAGUAAGCUGGCACUGAUGAGGUCCGCAGCAUGGUGUUAGCCAG